CUUCCACCGGCUUCCCUCUCGGAUGAUGAUAGCAACACAUCAACAGAUGAAUGAUGCCCAGAUUCCUUACAAAUUCCGGGAUUAUUGUGCCCAUCAUUACAUAAUGUGGAUGAAGUGCAAGCGUGACACAUACCCUUUUUCAAUCAGAGGAUGUAAACACGAGGCGCAUGAGUGGCAGUACUGUGAGCAUCUGGACUAUGUUAUGCGCAUGAAAGAAUUUGAACGAGAACGGCGUUUGCUGUCUAGGAAGAAGCGCAUCGAAGAGCAGGCGAAAAUUGCCAUAGAAACCUAAUUAGUUUGGGGUGCUUCUCCUCCCUCCUCUUACAAGAAACUUCUGGACUUGCUAUAUUGAAAACAAUAAAAACAUUAUGUCACAGUUGGGUCUCAGAUGUUCACUGUGAUUCCUACAACGAAAUGAAUGAAUGCACAUCUCGGACCUAAGGCUAAUAAAUGUUCAUAAAUGCCAA